UUCCCUUAGUUAGCUAUUCGAAACUUUUCAAAAUUUCAUUAAAACUUUUUAAGAAAAUGGGGGACGAUGUAUCGGAAUCAGUUCCUGUAAGGCAGGAUCAACCUCCCUCUUAUGAAAAAUCGGAUCUUGUGGAGGAGGAUCAACCUACUUCUGUAGAGGAAGUAGCUCUUGAGUUAAUGAAUUUCCCUGCCUCUCAAAAAAAAGCGGUUCUCGAGGAUGGCUCUCUAGAGAAAACAGUUCUUGAGGUCGAGGAUAAUCCAACGACCUCUGAGGAAAUAGCCAUGAUAGGAGGUCAAGACUUAAAGCAGUACACCUUCUGUGUGUUUCAAGAAGAAUCGCACCUUAAGGUGCUCCAGAGUCUUAUCGACGAGGAGCUAUCCGAACCGUACUCGAUUUACACAUAUCGCUACUUUGUGUACAACUGGCCAGAUCUUUGCUUCUUUGCCAUGGAAGGAGAUCGCUACGUGGGCGUGAUAGUGUGCAAGUUGGAAGCGACCAUUGGCGGAGUUCUGCAGGGCUAUAUCGCCAUGUUGUCCGUGGAUGUGGAGUAUAGGAAGCGGGGAAUCGGAAGAGCCCUCUCUGAAAUGGCCAUCGAGGCAAUGGCCAUGAAGGAUGCAGCCAUGAUUGUCCUGGAAACAGAGUUGACCAACAAACCUGCAUUGGCUCUCUACGAAAGUCUGGGUUUCAUUCGGGAGCGGCGACUUUUGCGUUACUACAUGAACGGUGUGGACGCCUUCCGUCUGAAGUUGAUACUCAAAAAUUCCGCAGACUUGUCUUUUAGCGAGGAUUAGUAAAGUUAGUGAUAGUUUCUA